AUGGCGUUGGAUACCUUCUUCCACAACAAGAUUGAGAGCAUGAAGCUCGAGAUCAUCCAGGGCCAGGCCGUACUGCGACGUCUGGAAGCACAGCGAAACGAAUACAACAGCAGGGUGCGGUUACUGAGGGAAGAGCUGGGUCUGCUGCAACAGCCGGGAAGCUAUGUUGGUGAGGUGGUCAAGGUCAUGAGCACGAAGAAGGUCUUGGUGAAGGUGCAUCCAGAGGGCAAAUAUGUGGUGGACGUGGCCGAUAACAUCGAUAUCUCCAAACUCACAGCUGGCAAACGUGUCACCCUCCUCUCCGACUCCUACAAGCUCUCCUCGCUCCUCCCAUCCUCGGUCGAUCCCCUCGUCUCCCUGAUGAUGGUGGAAAAGGUUCCCGACAGCACAUACGACAUGAUUGGUGGUCUCGACGAGCAGAUCAAGCAGAUCAAGGAAGUCAUCGAGCUGGGCCUGAAACACCCCGAACUUUUCGAAUCUCUCGGUAUCGCACAACCCAAGGGUGUCUUGCUUUACGGACCUCCAGGAACUGGCAAGACACUUCUAGCAAGAGCUGUGGCGCAUCACACGGACUGCAAGUUUAUUCGCGUUUCUGGAUCGGAGUUGGUGCAGAAGUACAUUGGUGAGGGUUCGCGCAUGGUCAGAGAGCUGUUCGUCAUGGCACGAGAGCACGCGCCUUCAAUCAUCUUCAUGGACGAGAUUGAUUCGAUCGGAUCUUCGCGUGUGGAGGGAUCUUCAGGUGGUGACUCUGAGGUUCAGCGAACUAUGCUGGAGUUGCUGAACCAGCUGGACGGCUUCGAGCCCACCAAGAACAUCAAGGUCAUCAUGGCCACCAACCGUCUCGACAUCCUCGACCCUGCGCUUCUUCGACCCGGACGUAUCGACCGCAAGAUCGAAUUCCCGCCGCCAACCACCGAAGCACGAGCCGACAUUCUUCGCAUCCAUUCCCGAAGCAUGAACCUGACGAGAGGCAUCAACUUGACCAAGAUCGCCGAGAAGAUGAACGGCUGCUCAGGUGCUGAGCUGAAGGGUGUGUGCACGGAGGCUGGUAUGUACGCGUUGAGAGAGAGGAGAGUACACGUUACGCAGGAAGACUUUGAUCUGGCCACAGCGAAGGUGCUGAACAAGCACGACGAUAAGGAGAUGAGUUUGAGCAAGCUGUGGAAGUAG